CAACAAAAUGUAAGCAUAGUAUUAUCGUUCAGCGCGAAUAUCAGCCAAUCAGCGCACGUCUAGUUUUAGGUUGCCUGUACGGGCGGGUUGGGACCCCAGUCAACAGUGUGAUCCGCUCUUGAAAACACGUUCACCAGUUCCAGAAUGUUUACGGUUGUACUAUUAUCGGUGAUUGGUAUCAUAUCAAGCUAUCGAAUCCCUACGCAACAAGACAUCACUCGUUCCAGAUUUCUAGAACAGGAAGCUCUGGAUUCGGACUUGAUCUUGCCUUCUACAGUUCGAUCCUCUCUGCUGCUUCCUAGCGUGCCUCAACCUUCGAACCUUCAGACCCUUCCACCUCAAUCCUCUAAUCUUCAGCACAUUCCUCAACCUUUAGCACAGUUUAGUUCCCCUUUAAUCAUACAGUUUCAAACGGGUUUCAACGUUCAACCCUUCAGACGGCCUACUAACGUUCCCUCGGGACACACUACCAUCCAACCAGUGUCGCAAGUGGACGUCACCCGGCAACUCUUAGGUCAACAAAACCUCUGUGGGCAAGCAUCAGUUUUGAUCCAUGCUGCCCACAAAAAUCUAGGGUUCCACUUCUCCUGGUGUAGGGACCAGCGUACUUUCACUUGGGAUCAAGCUAAUGUUUACUGCAAAACCCUCGGCACCAACUUCCAACCAGUUUGUAUAGAAGACGGAGAAAAAAAUGGCUUUAUUACGGAAAUAAUCGCAAGACACCCGGUCCAGUUUAUCUGGACUGGUGGCAGUAGAAGAGGACUAAACUACUGGCGAUGGUUGAACGGCAGUCCUCUCUAUUACACAAAGUGGUCUCCAACUGGCGGGCAAGGGCAGCCGCAGCCAGACAACCGAGAGGGCAACGAAGAGUGUCUUGCGGUGUUGAAGAACUUGUAUAAUGAUGGCAUCGUCUGGCACGACGUCGCCUGCCACCACGUGAAGCCCGUCAUCUGCGAGGCUACACUCUAACUCCUUCCUUCUACCUAAACGUUUUUUAUAUUUUAAAAUAAGAAUUUAAAUUAGUUCUGUAAAAAUAAAUUUGACUAAACU